GCGUCUUUGCAAGAUUAUGCGAAACCAAAACUCUAAAGAUAAUUUAUGUUCAUAAGGCAUUGUACUUCUACAUUUGUAUCAUUCUUUUUUAUUAUGAUGAUUUUAUAAAUUGCUGGAUUUAAGAUUAAGAACAUCAGUACAUAAGAAAUUUUACACUUUGAUAUUUAUGUUUCAUUUAGAGUUAAUAUUUUGUAUUAAAUUUGCCCAAAUCAGCUGUUACUAGAAUGUUUUACCGAGAACUGCAAAUCUCACUUGGACAUUGAUAAAACUUUCAUAUUACAAAUAAUUGUGUUCGCGCUACCAUUUUCUGUAAUUUUUUAUUAAUAUUAUUUUUUAAUAAUUUCAAAUAUAUAUUAAAUAAUAUUAUUGCAUUUUUGAAAUGCUGAGUUAAUAUGUAUUUUAGAAUUUUCUUUUUUUUAAAUAUAUUUUAGGUAAUUCAAUUCCGAUUACGGAGAAUUCCAAUAUUGACCAAUUCAUUCAAUAAUAUGACUGAACAAGUAGAAGUUAAAGGUGAGUACUACUACUAGAUUUUAUUAUUAAAACAUGUAUUAAGUACGAUUCAUUUUUUAGAAAAUUUAAACUCAUUCCCUUAAAGUUAAAUAAAUGUAAAAUAAUAAUUUAACAAUAAGGAAAUUUUAUAAUGGUUCCUACAUCUUAGUAUGUAUUAUCUUUUAUCUUUGUGUUGAUUAUUUUUACCUAAUUACUCGUAUGUUUUUAAUUUUUACUUUACUUUUCUAUCUAUGAAUGUGCAUUAUUAAAUCAAAAUAAAACAUUUAAUUGUAAUAUUAUGUUUAGAAUAUAAAUUGUACCUUUAAUUUUAUUAUUUAAUACUUGCAUUCACUAUAUUCUCAAAUCAGUUAAGUAUUUUAUCCUACACUUUUGUUAUAUUAUAAAUUUACUAUACAUUUUUACUUUUUAUUAUGUUGGUUGUCUUAAUUAUUAUAAUUUCCUUUAAAUUCCAUUAAAUAAUUAAUAUUUAUUAAACAAAUAAAAAAUAAUAUUUCUAUAAUGUAUUUUCUUUAAUUACUAAAAAAAUGUGAAUAUCAAAAAUAUUAUAGAUGAACUUACUAAAUUAUCAAAACAAAGAUGAAUAUAAUUUUUAAAAAAGAUAGUUAUUUCAACUUUUAUAUAAUUAGCGCUGUAAAAUAGUAUUAAAAUGUUUAAUGUAUGAUUUAUAGUACACACAAAAUUCAAAAUAUGAUUCAUCAAAUUUAUUUGUUACAUAUUUUAAACCCCCUCCCCACAAAAAAAAAAAAAUUCUGAAUACGUCAUUGUAUAUGAUAACUAUAGUUAAUCUUCUCAAGUAUAAUAUAAUUAAGUUUAAAAAAUUGUGGUCACGUCAAAAAGAUACAUCGUUAUUUGGGAACAACCCUGAUAUUUAUUCUAUUUAUUAUUUAUUAUCUAUGAUAAGAUAUAGUUAUAACUAAAGUUUUGGCUUGGUUUUUAAUAUAAAUGUUUACAUUUCAGAAAAUCUUCUUGCAAAUGAUCAUGAAACACCAGAAAGACCUAAGCCUUCUACUUCAAUACCAAUAUAUCAAAAUAAGUCUGGUAAAUAUACACGCAUAACUUUACAUACAAAUAUAAAAUAUAUGAGUUUACUAGGUAUAAUAUAAACUUAUUUUUAUCAUUAGUAAUAUCUCUAAUAUUUAAAUAUAAAUUAAAAUUAGUUUUAUAAAAGGAUUAAAAAAUUGUUAUCAUUGUUGCUACUUGGUGCUCAUAAGUCAUAGCUGUGAAUACUGUAAUGUGUAAGUAUUACAGUUAUAUGUUUACAGUUCAAUGUGACUUUUAUAAUAAAUAUUCAAUGUUGAGCCGGUACUUUUUUUUUUGGUAAUUAAAUUACAUUACUAACCUCUUAAAAUUACAACUAAAUUAUUGUUUAUUAUAUUUAUGUAUAAAAUAUAUUAUAUAAUAUAUAUAUCAAGUAAUUAUUAUUAAACAAUCAUAUCUGAAUGAAUUAAUCUUUAGAUGUCGGUGAUUAAAUAAUUGUGAAUGUGUUUUAUAAUAUUUUUUGAAAAAAAAAAAUUUGGCAAAUGAAUUGUAUAAUUUAUGAUAUGUAAUAGUCAAUAUUUUUUUUAUUUUAUAGAUACUGAGAUAAACAGUCCUAUGUUUUUACGUCCAUCGUUAUUGCCAUCUUCAUCAUCAUUUAGUUUUGAGAUAGGUCAAAGAAAACCAGAUACUCCACGACCUACUUCUAAAUCAUUCUGUUUAAACCCAUCUCGAUUAAGCGUAAACACAUCUUUAACCGCUUGUAAGUUUAAUUUAUUUAUUAUUUUUUAAGCUAAGAGUUAGAAAAAAAAAACAUAUGUUGUUGAUUUUAGAGGAAUGUUAUGAUAUAAUAUAUUUAAGGAAUUUUAUUAAAACAGAUACUUUAAGAGGGUGCUAUACUAGCAUUUACUAUUCCAGUCUAACCAUUGGGCAAAACAUAAAAAAAUUAACUUAAAACAUAAAUUGUCGUAUUUAGAUUUUCGAGGAUUGUACAUAGUUUUUCUCUUCUAGAUGAUAAUUUAUAAGAAAAACAAGUUAUGCACAUACCUCAAAAAUAUUAUUCUUUUAAUUUGUUUAAUUGUGUUUAUACUUUAUACUUACAUGUUCAAUCUAAAUACCACAAUAAUUUAUACUUUGAGUAACAUAAUUUUGCUAUGUUGCUUGAUAGUAAAUACAUCUGUCUUUAUUUCUGAUGAUGCCUCAAUAUUUGUAUUUUGACUAUAAGCCUUUGUAUCUAAAUCUAUUUUAUUUUAUACAGCCCAGUCUUCAAAGUGCUCUGAUAAAAAUGAAACUGAAAUUGAAGAUGCAAAAUCCAAGGAAGACUUAUCAUCACCAACAGCUGUAUUUGGGGUUGUAAUAACUAAAAGUCGAACUCAAAAACCUGAUGAAAUUUCAUUAGCUAGUAAUUUUGUAUUUGGUCAAAAUCUUCAUGAACGUGUAGAAUUAAACAAAGAAGCUGAUUCAACUUCUGAAGAUGAUAAAAAGCCCAAUGAUACUCAAGAAACUGAAGUUUCAUCAUCUUCUAAUGUUAUUUCACCUUCAUUUGGAAACCUUAAAAAUGAAGAACCUGAUGAAGUAAUAUAAUUUUUUAAAGUAUUAUUUUAUAUAGUGUAUAAACGCUAAUUGAAAACGCUUAAUAUUCUUGCACAGAGUUAUAAAAUUUGUAAUUUUAGAUUUUGAGUGUAGCGAGCAAUGUAUUGGUUUUAAAAUGAUUAUUUUUUAUUUUUUUUAUCUAUGACCACUUUAUCUACCAGCAAUUUUGCUCUGAUUUUCAAUUAUAGCACUUUUGCUGAAAGGAAAUCUGAUUGGGGUAGUCAUUUUUUAAUUUUCCUAACUGUGGGGAAGGUUAGGUUAAAAUAAAGAUUUAGGUACACCAUUAAAUAAAUAUUAAAAAAAAUAUAUAAUGCCUAUUUUACCAUAUGACAUAUAUUGUUGAUAACACUAUUAACCGAACUCUGCUCAGAAUCUUUUUUUUUGGUUAGCAAUGGUUAAUUGUUGUGUACAGAUAAACAUUAAAUUUUUCCUCUACCUUUCCAACUUUUCACCUACAACAGUGGCUGCACCCACAUACAAAGUAUGUCCGUCUUUUUAUUAUCUUGAUCAUAUACUUAAAUUAUAAUGAGUUUUUGGUCAAUUUUGUAUAAUUUUUAGUACAUGAAAAUUACAUUUUAAAAAUACAAUCACCUGUCUUUUAGACUAAAAAAUAAAAAAUAAAUACACUUUUUCAUGUACUUAGAAUUUUUUUUGUUGAUUAUAUAUGCAUAAUAUGCUCAAUAUAACUUUUUUUUAUUUUAUGACAACUCUUAUUAACUACUACUUAAUUUUUUUUAUACAUUUUAAUGAUCAUAUAACUUAUCUAAAUUCAAAAUUAGUUGAGAUAUGGUUAUUGAAAUUUUAUUAUUUAUUGUUAUUUGAUAUUUUUAGAAAGAAAUGUUUAUUUUAAUAACAGCAAGUGUAAAAUACCAAAUAAAAUAGAAUAUAUGUUCCUAUUAAAAUUUUAGUAAUUACUAUGAUAAUAGUAUGAAAUCAACAUAUCCAACAUAAUAUUGAUUUUUGAAUAAAUUUAAAUUGCCAUAUCUCAGCUAAUUUAGUACUUUUUUGAUAAUGAUUUACCCAUUAUAGUUCUUGAAAAAAAAAAGAAAAAGAACUAGUGCUUAAAAGGGGGGGGGGUUAUCGUUUAACAGAAAAAUAGUCGAAUUGCACUUACAUAAAUCUAAUCAACAGUGAAAAAUUCUAAGUACGAGAAAAUGUGUAUUAUUUAGUAUAACAACUAAAUAAAAAACAAAUUCAAACUACAUAAUGCUGUGCAAAGAUAUUGAGUGUUUUUCAAUUAAUGUGUAUACAAUAUAUAUAUUAUGUCAUUGUAACUGGCUAAAAGCUAAUAAAUAUAUAUUUAUAUAUUCAAGGUAAUUCACUAAGUAUGUGUUCACCCUAUUAUUUUAGUUACAUUUUGCAUGUAUUCAAAUUCUGAUUUUUGGAAUUUUUAAGUGUAUUUAAAUACAAUAUUUUUGUAUAUUUGAAUUUUUCAAUGAGAACAAUUUAGAAUAUAAUUUUUAAAAUAAAUUGUAUGUAAUAAAAAUUCUAUAAAUAGAUAGGGUAUUGGUUUAAAUACAUUUUGGUGUUUAUAUGUUUGAUUUACCUCAACCAUGUUAAUGAGAUAUUCAACUUUUAAUUUUAGAUUGGGGGAGAGUAAUGAGAGUUUCAUUUAUAAGGCUACACUGUGCGCAGCGUUUUAAUAGUGCUCCAUUACUAUCCUUCUACCUAAUUUUAGGUCUAAUAUCUCAUCAACAGUUUGACGUAAAUCAAAAAUAUUAACAGCGAAAUGUAUUCAAAUUAAUACUCAAUCUAUUAAUGGAAUUUGUAAUAUAGGUCCUCUUUUGAAAAACUUAAGUUGGUAUACUCCUAAGGAUACUUCAUAAAUGUAGUGAAAAAUCUAAAUGUUCAAAAAUAUUCCCUUAAACUAUACUAACAUUUUUAAAAAAUCAGAAUUUCAAUAUAUUAUGCAAAAUUUAACCAAGAAAAUGGAGUGAACAUGCUUAGUGAAUUACCCAGUGUAUACACUAUACAGUGGAACCUCGAUAAGUCGAAAUAAAUACCAUUCCCAUUUCUCAGAAUAAAUAUUAUUGAGUGUGUUCCAAAUAUAGAUGAAUAAUGAUAGAUAAUUUGUAUAGUCAAUUGUGUCUAAUCGACUUGUGUGGUAUGUAUGUGUGGUAUUUAUCCUAAUCUGAUUAAUUGUGUUAAAUGUCGUAUUUUUCAUUUAGUUUAUUACUACUAAAGACCGGAUUUAUAUGUUUUUACAUAUUCUGAGUUUAUGCAGUCUUAUAAGAGUCGGAAAUGUUGAUGAUUCGUUCAGUUCCGAGUUCGUAGGAAAAAUUUUUUUUGGUAUAUUUGAGAAUAUUUCAUGGUUUAUUUUACAUAUUUUGGAAUAUUCUAUAAAUUGUGAGAAAAAAAUAUUAAUUUAUAAUAAUAUUUAUAAUAUUUAUUUAUUUUAUUUAUAAUAUUUUUAAUAAUAUGGUACCUAGAAAAAUAUAUUUUGAACAUUUCCAAUUAUUUUUUUGUUUCAUUUUGAUAAAAAGGUUUAGUGUUCCUAUCUAUUAUAAGUUACCGUUUACUAAACAUGAUGGUGGCUAAUCUGCAAUGCUGACAGUUGUUUUCAUACUGAUAAUAAUAUCAACGUAUAUGUUUAUCAUUAAACAUUAUCAACUAUUCAAAUGUCCAAAUAUUCUAUUUGCACUUUUCCAAUCACGUAUAACGUGAUUUUUAAGUUUUUAAAAAAUAAAUUACUUAUAAUAAUAUGUUAUUAUAUUUUAAUAAAAAUGUAUUACUAAUUUAUUAUUAAAUGUGGUAAAAAAAAAAAUUGCAUAUUAAAGCAUAUAUUGCUUUAUAAUUGAUGUUUGAAAAACUAGUCAGAUUUUUUUUCCUAAAACCUUGAGAACUCGAAAAUGUCUAUAAGACGAAAGCCUUUAAUUUUCGACUUAUCCAGAUUUCGUUGUAUAUUAAAAUAAAAACUAACUGUUUGGCUGACAUAUUAACACACUGUCCAAUUUAAACAAUGGUUCAAAAGUUUUAAAAAUAUAAAAAUCGGUUCUCUGUAACUUUUUUGUUACUUAGGUAGUUUAAAUCUUCACUAUCUAAAUUGUUAUUAUUUGACCAGUAUUGGGCCAUAUCUAUAACAUUCUGAUUGGUUUCUGUGAAGUUCUUCUCACUGCAGGUAAUUGGGUAUUUACAGUAUUUCAAUACGUGGCUCAUUAUUUAUUCUUAUCAUUUAUUCUUCACCAUAUUUCUAAAUUUAAGCCUUGUAUUCUAUGCAUUAUAUGUUGGACAUCAUUCUCCACCUUAUGGAUCAUUACAUUUUCAGUGGACCUGAACACAACUUUCAGUAUAUGUGGUUCCACACCCCAUGCAGAUCCUAUUAGCUUAUACAAUAGCCCUUUUUUAGUAAUAAUUGUCUACUUUAUUUUUAUUCCGUGUUCUUUGCAUAUUAGUGACCUGUCCAGAACUACACUUAGGUAUUUAGGAUUUGUAUUGUUAGCUCUACAACGUUCCAAAUUACAUUGAGUUUUAUGAUUGGCUUCCUUGUUUUUGAGAUGAAAUUUACAUACUUCAGUUUUAAUGAAAUUAGGCUGUACAGAAUUUGGUUUAAAAUAAUCAUUCAUUUUGAAAAGUGGGCUUGAUCAUUUUCUUUUUAUUGUCUCAAAGUCUAUGUCUUAUAUUGCAAUUACCAAGUCAUUUGCGUAUAUAUAUUUUGAUAUUUGUAUCAUUUAAAAUUGGCUGUUUGUUUGUAUACAUAAAUAUAUUGAAGACUGUUGGCGGAAGCACACUUCCUUGCAGAAGACUGUUUUUUGAAUUUCUCCACAGAAUAUUUUUCCCAAAAAAAACCACUAAAAAUAUGUUUCUGAAAAUUCAGAAGAUUUUUACAUGUAAACAGAAGAUUAAGUAAAUGUAAAAUGUGUAAUUUCAUGGAAAUCCAUAUCCUACAAGUUAGCUAAUAAUAAUAGUUUAAAAUAUUACUAAGUUUUGCUGACUUAAGAAUAUAUUCACAUUUUAUCUCCAUCAAUAAUAUAUUUUCCUUUCUUGCAUUGUGUAAAGUAUGUGUUAUGAAAAUUCACAAAUAAGAGCAAGUAUUUUAUUACAAUUAAGUUUUUUUUUUCUUCUUGUAAUUAGAACGGCGGACUUGAUGAGUCUGCGGAAGAGUCGAAAAGAAGAUUAAUGGAAGCUGCUAAAGAAUAUGAAGAAUCACGUGCAACUAAACGAAAAUAUGAAGAAGUUGAUUGUAUGACUGGAGAGGAAAAUGAUGUAAAUGUAUUUCAGUUAAAUACAUGUAAACUGUACAUAUAUGAUAAUGCUAAAUCCAACUGGGUGGAGAAAGGUCGUGGUCAAUUACGUGUAAAUGAUAUGGAUGGUGGAUUAUCAUCAAGAGUAGUAAUGCGAAACAAUGGAAAUUUAAAAGUUAUUUUAAACACUAAGGUAAUGUUUAUAAUUUUUUUUAAUAAUUUUUAUUAUUAAUUUUUUUAUUAUUUGUAGAUUUGGGCUGAAAUGAAAGUAGAAAAAGUAAGUGAAAAAAGUGUAAGACUUACAGCAUUUGAAGAAGAUUCAAUAAAAGUGUUUCUAAUUUUGGGACCCGCAAAAAAUAUAGACGACUUUGUGCAUUUAGUACAAACACGUGUUAAAAAACAUAAGGAAGCAGAUAGGAAAAAAAAACCAACUACUAGUAAUGAUAAAGAAGAUUUAUUGGAAGGUACACUUGUCUAAUUGGCUGUUAUUGAUAUUUUGUUUAAUCAUAAAUAUCAAUAUAAAUUAUAUAUAUAUGAUAGAAAAUAUUUUAUUCCAGUUUUUUUCCACAAAAUAAAUGUUGUUUGUACUUAAUAAUAAUAAUAAUAAUAAUAAUAUAUUUAAUACAAUUCAUGA